AUGGCGACGGCGCAGCUAACCGACGAGGAGCUUUUCUCCGAGUUAAAGCGCUUUGGGUUCAGCCCAGGCCCGGUGUCCGAGAACACGCGACCUGUUUAUUUGAAAAAACUAAAGAAACUGCGCGAUGAGCAGCAACAGAAAGGAACCAGGGCGGGGAAAAACCGAAACAGUGGCGGCGUCAACAACGGCACUAGUGGCGAUGGCAACAGCGGCUACACAGCGGCGGGAGCUUCGGGAGUCGGAGCCAGGCCAGCUAGCGGUGACGUCACGCACCUGAGCCCUAGCAGCCGGAGCCCCGGCGGUCGACCGGGCCUGAACGAAAAGCGAGCUGGCGGAGCGGGGAAGUUCGUUUUGGGCUUUAGCUCGGACGAAUCGGACGUGGAGGCCCCGCAGAAAAAACGAGGACCGAACCACAGCGGCAGGAGAGACCGAGGCUCCGCGUACCACCACCACCAACAACAACAGCAGAUCAGGCCUACAACGGGAGCUGCCACCGCCGCCCGAAAGAGCCUGGGAGUCUCUGUGAGUACCAGCAGCAACAAUUCCUCUCCCGCCGGGCUGCUGGAGGGGAGGAGAAGCGGACCCGGUUCUCUCGGCUGGGUGGACCGGGGAAAAUCGAGCCUCGAGGUCUCGCAGCCCGCGGAGGGGAAGGGUUAUGACGUAGAGCCCGAAGAGGAAGAAGAUUUCCAAGGGGAGACGGAGAGAGACAGUCGGUCUCUGAAUGGGAACAGGGCGUCUUACUCACUGAAUACCAGUAGUAAACUAGUCGGGGAUUACUCGGAUUCGGAGGAGGAGGAAGAAGAGGGAAUCAUAUCUGGGCAGGACCGUCAACGAGACCGCCGCUUACAGGUACACUGCUCCAGACGGAGUCACUCCUUCAAGUCGUCUCCCCACAGAAGUGCCAGGGGGUCAGAGAGCGGCCAGGAAAAGACUGCAGCCAUGGCAAUCAGGCUAAAUGACACGCCUGGCGCUAGUAGGAGUCGACUAGACAUGAUGGGAGGCCGAGGGGAGGAGGAGGAUGACGAGGACGAGGGAAAGAAGCGAGGCCCCGGCGAAUCGUCUCUGAGCGGGGGCUUGCUGCGACGCCAUUACCCCAGGGGGACCAUCUACGUGUCGGCUGUGAUGGGGGAGAGCGACCGCGGCAGCCCCGGGGAAAGCAGCGGCAACAAUUCCCCGUCCUCCGCCUACAACAAAAACCACGUCGACAGUGGGGAUGGCGCCACUAGCAGCAGCAGCAGCAGCAGUAGCCGAUUCAGCAUCGGCCUGAGACCGCGGUUCUCCAACUACAACACUCUAUCCGCUACUUACCGGCCCAACCAUUCGAAUCAUAGCGGGCACAACCAUGCCUACAGCCAGUCGAGCCUCAAGCACAAACACACGGCGCCGGAGGAUGAGCUGCUCCAGCAAUUCAAGCGGGAGGAGGUGGGGUCGUCCACCGGUGGUUGGGGCUUCAGCGCACACUACCUGUCCAUGUUGUUGCUCAUGGCCGCUUGCCUGUUCUUCCUCCUGCUCGGCCUCAUGUACCUCCGGAUGCGGGGGUCUGGAGCCUCUGAGGUCGAUGUUGUCAGUAAGUUUACAGCCCUAUGAAAUGGAACUUCCUAAACAUAGUUAGCUAGUAGUAUUUUUUUUGUCUCUCAAUCCAAUCCAUCAUUCUGUGGCUAGGUUUACUGUACAAUUGUAGCAUUCUAAAGCUUCAAUUUGCUUCCACAUUGCAGUAUAAUAUCAAUAUUUAAAACGGAUUGAUAACCAGCCCUGGUAUUUUUUAAUAUUAGGUGACUGACUGUCUAGAUACUGCUUUAUGCAUAGGACGGCCGGACUUUAGCCUUUUGCAAUGGACAUUUGUAAUAUGAAAACAAUCUAACAAAGGUUUUAAAUUGCUACUAGCAUGUUUUGAAGACAAUAAGGAGAGAUGUAAACCUAUACCCUCCAGAAAUGAUUUCCUAUAGUUUACUCUACAGUACGUGAUGAGUUUUUGCAUUCUGCACGGAGUCACUCUUUGUCGGACAUCAAAAUCAGUUAUUUGCCUCUUAGCAGAAAAUCGCCACAAGGAACCUAAAAAUUUAGGCCUAAAAACGAUGAUUUCAUAGGACUAAUUAGUGUGUAACGAAGCAGGCCUAGCAGUUGUCACCCUCGGAGCCAUUCACACAUUUUCACACUUACAUUUUAGUCAUUUAGCAGACGCUCUUAUCCAGAGCGACUUACAGUUAGUGAGUGCAUACAAUUUUUCACACCUUCAAAGACAGGAAGUCCUACAACAUCAUUCUACAUAGAGGGACACGUAUUUUAUGGAGGGUACAGCAGAGGUAUUAGCAUGUCAACAUAGAAAGCUACCUCCCAUCCAUUGGCUUCCAUAGGCUGGCUAACUAUCGGCCGCUACAUUUACAUUUUAGUCAUUUAGCAGACGCUCUUAUCCAGAGCGACUUACAUGAGCAAUUAGGGUUAAGUGCCUUGCUCAAGGGCACAUCGACAGAUUUUUUUCACCUAGUCGGCUCGGGGAUUAGAACCAGCGACCUUUCGGGUUACUGGCACAACGCUCUUAACCACUAAGCUAGCCCAUUCAACCCCACUGUGUGUGCUUCAGGGUAUGCUCCCCCUCCCCCCCCCCGGGUGUGCCCAGGUAUGCUGUUACAAAUGACACGAUAGAGCCUUGCCUCAAUACGGAUACUGUAGUAUUUACCUUGAGGUAUUAACACUAUAGGCCUAAGCAAAUGCCUGCCUGGUCACUAGAGCUAGACUCAUACUCUACCUCAGGACUGCACCUCUGAGUGCUGUCAAAGCCACAAACACAUGAAAUAUUCAAUAACCCAUUCAGAUGCAUUUUACAGUGCAGUUAGUUUCUCAGUUCACCUUCUCAGAUAAAAAAAUUAAUAAAAAAUAGGGUCCUGACUUGGUGUGGUUUGAACGGAUCAGCUACGGUCAUGCAUAUACAGUACCAGUCAAACGUUUGGACACACCUACUCAUUCAAGGGUUUUUCUUUAUUUUUACUAUUUUCUACAUUGUAUAAUAAUAGUGAAGACAUCAAAACUAUGAAAUAACACAUAUGGAAUCAUGUAGUAACCAAAAAAGUGUUAAACAAAUCAAAAAUAUAUUUGAGAUUCUUCAAAGUAGCCACCCUUUGCCUUGAUGACAGCUUUGCACACUCUUGGCAUUCUCUCAACCAGCUUCAUGAGGAAUGCUUUUCCAACAGUCUUGAAGGAGUUCCCACAUGCUGAGCACUUGUUGGCUGCUUUUCCUUCACUCUUUGGUCCAUCUCAUCCCAAACCAUCUCAAUUGGGUUGAGGUCGGGUGAUUGUGGAGGCCAGGUCAUCUGAUGCAGCACUCCAUCACUCUCCUUCUUGGUCAAAUAGCCCUUACACCGGUGUUUUGGGUCAUUGACCUGUUGGAAAAACAAAUGAUAGUCCCACUAAGCGCAAACCAGAUGGGAUGGCGUAUCGCUGCAGAAUGCUAUGGUAGCCAUGCUGGUUAAGUGUGCCUUGAAUUCUAAUUAAAUAUCACAGUGUCACCAGCAAAGCACCCCCAUAACAUCACACCACCUCCUCCGUGCUUCACGGUGGGAACCACACAUGCAGAGAUAAUCCGAUCACCUAGUUUGAAGAAUCUCAUAUAAAAUAUAUUUUGAUUUGUUUAACACUUUUUUUGGUGACUACAUGAUUCCAUAUGUGUUAUUUCAUAGUUUUGACAUCUUCACUAUUAUUCUACAAUGUAGAAAAUAGUAAAAAUAAAGAAAAACAUUUGAAUGAGUAGGUGUGUCCAAACUUUUGACUGGUACUGUAUAUCCCAACCAUAGGGUAUUGUAGACAAAUUCAUGCCUACAGGUUUUCUUCAUUCAUUAUAAUUAAACCGUAUACUACAGGCUCUCUGUAUAGGAAGCAUUUAAUGUGGGGAGGAAGUGUUGAAUAAUGAAUGGUCGCUCAAACAGUAGUAGUAGUAGUAAACGUAGUAGUGGUGGUGGUGGUGGUGGUGGUAGUAGUGUUGGUAGUGGUAGUAGUGGUCAUGGCAGGCCAGAGACUGGAGCAUGGCAGGCCAGGCCAGAGACUGGAGCAUGGCAGACAGAUGAUGCGACCAUCUGCCUGUCUGUUGUCCCAUCUCUAGUCUCUCCUCAACCCUCACUGUGACUGUCUUCUCUAGUCUCUCCCCUCAUUCCUCACUGUGACUGUCUUCUCUAGUCUCUCCUCAACCCCCACUGUCUUCUCUAGUCUCUCCUCAAUCCUCACUGUGACUGUCUUCUCUAGUCUCUCCUCAACCCUCACUGUGACUGUCUUCUCUAGUCUCUCCUCAACCCUCACUGUGACUGUCUUCUCUAGUCUCUCCUCAACCCUCACUGUGACUGUCUUCUCUCUCCUCAACCCUCACUGUAAAUGUCUUCUCUAGUCUCUCCUCAACCCUCACUGUGACUGUCUUCUCUCUCCUCAACCCUCACUGUAAAUGUCUUCUCUAGUCUCUCCUCAACCCUCACUGUGACUGUCUUCUCUAGUCUCUCCUCAACCCUCACUGUGACUGUCUUCUCUAGUCUCUCCUCAACCCUCACUGUGACUGUCUUCUCUAGUCUCUCCUCAACCCUCACUGUGACUGUCUACUCUAGUCUCUCCUCAACCCUCACUGUGACUGUCUUCUCUAGUCUCUCCUCAACCCUCACUGUGACUGUCUUCUCUAGUCUCUCCUCAACCCUCACUGUGACUGUCUUCUCUAGUCUCUCCUCAACCCUCACUGUGACUGUCUUCUCUAGUCUCUCUCCUCAGUCCUCACUGUGACUGUCUUCUCUAGUCUCUCCUCAAUCCUCACUGUGACUGUCUUCUCUAGUCUCUCCUCAACCCUCACUGUGACUGUCUUCUCUAGUCUCUCCUCAAUCCCCACUGUGACUGUCUUCUCUAGUCUCUCCUCAACCCUCACUGUGACUGUCUUCUCUAGUCUCUCCUCAACCCUCACUGUGACUGUCUUCUCUAGUCUCUCCUCAACCCUCACUAACUACAGUAGGUAAUGAAAGACCAUAUGUCUGUGAUGUCUUCAUUUACUGUCAGUCUUUAUUCUCCCCCUAGCCCCCCUGUUUCAAACUUUCAAUUAAAUGGGGCGUGGUCGGAUUAUAAUUGCUGUGUUUUUGUUCUUUCUUCAGUUAAGAACCACCCGUUUGGCAGCGAGUUUGACAAGUCUUAUGUAAGUAUAUUUUCUUAUAAUUUUGGCCCUAGCCUAAGGCCAAGUUAGUGUAGUUGUCAAACAAUCAGGGCCUAACAUGAACAUCUGUAGACCGCCCACUGCAUUCUGCGCCCUUACUACGUGAUGCUCCCACUACACGUCCCUUACUACGUGAUGCUCCCACUACACGUCCCUUACUACGUGAUGCUCCCACUACACGUCCCUUACUACGUGAUGCUCCCACUACACGUCCCUUACUACGUGAUGCUCCCGCUACACGUCCCUUACUACGUGAUGCUCCCGCUACACGUCCCUUACUACGUGAUGCUCCCGCUACACGUCCCUUACUACGUGAUGCUCCCGCUACACGUCCCUUACUACGUGAUGCUCCCACUACACGUCCCUUACUACGUGAUGCUCCCACUACACGUCCCUUACUACGUGAUGCUCCCACUACACGUCCCUUACUACGUGAUGCUCCCACUACACGUCCCUUACUACGUGAUGCUCCCACUACACGUCCCUUACUACGUGAUGCUCCCGCUACACGUCCCUUACUACGUGAUGCUCCCGCUACACGUCCCUUACUACGUAUGCUCCACUACACGUCCCUUACUACGUGAUGCUCCCACUACACGUCCCUUACUACGUGAUGCUCCCGCUACACGUCCCUUACUACGUGAUGCUCCCGCUACACGUCCCUUACUACGUGAUGCUCCCUCUACACGUCCCUUACUACGUGAUGCUCCCACUACACGUCCCUUACUACGUGAUGCUCCCGCUACACGUCCCUUACUACGUGAUGCUCCCACUACACGUCCCUUACUACGUGAUGCUCCCACUACACGUCCCUUACUACAUGCCACGCCCACUACACGUCCCUUACUACAUGCCACGCCCACUACACGUCCCUUACUACGUGCCACGCCCACUGCCAUUGAGGCUGCUAGCUAGCUAGGACACCGGCACAUACUGUCCUUCGCCCCUCCGCCUGCUAGCUAGCUAGGCUAGGGGACAGCGGUACACAGAGUCCUUCGCCCCUCCGCCUGCUAGCUAGCUAGGCUAGGGGACAGCGGUACACAGAGUCCUUCGCCCCUCCGCCUGCUAGCUAGCUAGGCUAGGGGACAGCGGUAUACAGAGUCCUUCGCCCCUCCGCCUGCUAGCUAGGCUAGGGGACAAGCGGUACAAAAGAGUCCUUUGCCCCUCCGCCUGCUAGCUAGCUGGCUAGGGACAGCGGUACCAGAGUCCUUCGCCCCUCCGCCUGCUAGCUAGCUAGGCUAGGGGACAGCGUACACAGUCCUUCGCCCCUCCGCCUGCUAGCUAGCUAGGCUAAGGGACAGCGGUACACAGAGUCCUUCGCCCCUCCGCCUGCUAGCUAGCUAGGCUAGGGGACAGCGGUACACAGUCCUUCGCCCCUCCGCCUGCUAGCUAGCUAGGCUAGGGGACAGCGGUACAGAGUCCUUCGCCCCUCCGCCUGCUAGCUAGCUAGGCUAGGGGACAGCGGUACAGAGUCCUUCGCCCCUCCGCCUGCGGAGCACUGCUUUCCUGCAGUUACUUUAACGUUACGGCGAGGGUAAUCACUACCCGGUAGGGCCACGCAAGAGUUGGGUUGGCGACACUAGCUAGCUACUUCCCUCGCCAUAACGUUAACAGAACUGCAGGAAAGCAGUGCUCGGCAGGCGGGAUCGAAGGACUCUGUGUGCCGCUGUCCCCUAGCCUAGCUAGCUAGCAGCCUCCCUCCUUCGGUGGGAGUUUGUUCAGCGAUUGGCAUCCAACGUUGGUGCGUUACCGCCACCUACUGUGCUGGAGUGUGGACCAGAGGCAGAGCUAGUAGCCUCAAUGGCGGUGGGCACAGCAUUUUAAUAAGUGACGCGUAGUGGGCGUGGCAUGUAGUAACUGCGGUCUGCGGAGAGACGUUAUUGAUUAGGUUUCGGCUUUGGCGGGUAAGAAGAUGUCUAUUUCACCAGCCACGUUGGCGGAUGGUCAGGGCUCCACAGUGCAAGCGUUUUCUCUCGCGCAUCUGUGAAUAUAAAUAGUCAAGUAUGAUCACAUUUUAUAGCUUAAUAAAUGCUGCAGUAGCAUUUUGGUCAAAUUUACUUGAAAUGAAAGUCUGCAAAGUGAGUCUUUGUCCUCGUGUUUCUUGGCUAUUUACAUUUGUUUUGUUCACCAGCCAGGUUUUUUUUUUUCUAUGUUUUGAGUUCCAACUGCUAGGGAAGAGAGGACCACGCGGAUGCUAGUCACUCUCUCAAUCUCACAGGCACAAACAUGACUCAGCAGAGGUCACCUCCCACCCUUAAAGGGGCAGGUUACAUUAUAUUUUGGUAAAGUCACAAAAUAUUUCAUGAAAUUAAGCAAUAUACCACCUUAUUUGUCAUACAUUUAAUUGUUUAAUAAACAUUAAAGCAUGCUUUAAUCUGUUUUUUUUUUGUGUGUAAUUUUGGCAGAAUAUCUGAGUGGCUGGUAGAUUUGAUUGAUUUCUAUAUCUACAGUGGCUGGUGGACCAACAAGUUAGUUUCAGGCCCUGCUAGCAUUACAGCGAUAUUGUAACGUAUAGGACUGAAAGAUGGCUUGUAUAUAUAGUAGUCUACAUGAAACAUUAUCUCUAAUACGGCCACACGUGAGCAUUUACCUGAAAAACAUGAAUAAAUAGACUUUAGCAGUACGUCAUUUGUGUUGACAGAUGUCUGUAAUACUGCCACAGAAAUAUUGACUUGAUCUUUUGUGGAUUUCAGACCAAGACAGAGAAGGACACCAUUCUGAAACUCCUACUCAAACUUCAUGACCACCUGGCUAAUGUUGCUGGUACGUUAAGAAAGGAUCUUGCAGAUUUUUUUGUUGUUGUUUUUGUUCUCAAUUAAAUGAGAUUCUUCCAUCCUCCAACCUUGGCUGUAUGCUAUGCUUAAAUAGUUAGAAUGUGUCGUUUUCAAAUGAAGACCCCAGGGUGUACACAGUGUACAAAACUCUGCUCUUUCCAUGACAUAGACUGUCCAGGUGAAUCCGGGUGGAAGCUAUGAUCCCUUAUUGAUGUCACUUGUUAAAUCCACUUCAGUCAGUGUAGAUGAAGGGGAGGAGACUGGUGGUUAUAGAAGGAGUUUUAAGCCUUGAGACAAUUGAGACAUGGAUUGUGUAUGUGUGCCAUUCAGAGGGUGAAUGGGCAAGACAAAAUAUUUAAGUGCCUUUGAACGGGGUAUGGUAGUAGGUGCCAGGCGCACCGGUUUGUGCCAAGAACUGCAACGCUGCUGGGUUUUUCACACUCAACAGUUUCCCCGUGUGUAUCAAGAAUAGUCCACCACCCAAAGGACAUCCAGCCAACUUGACACAACUGUGGGAAGCACUGGAGUCAACAUGGGCCAGCAUCCCUGAGGAACUCUUUCGACACCUUGUAGAGUCCAUGCCCCGACGAAUUGAGGCUGUUCUGAGGGCAAAAGGGGGGGGUGCAACUCAAUAUUAGGAAGGUGUUCCUAAUGUUCUGUUCACUCAGUGUAUGUUGUCAAAUGGCACACCUUUUUUAUUUUUUUUGCUGUAAUGACGACACUAACAGCUCAAGGAUAGUUUGAAAUCUUAACUCCGUGGAUUACUGUUGAAAUGAGGUGUCAGUCUGCCUGUCUGUCUAAUAAUAAGUGGUUUAUCUGGAGCUAACGUUUAAUAUUGUCCCCCCCAUCAGGACAACAUGACUGUAUAGACCCGGAGCAGCAGCAGGCCAACAGGAGUCUGUCUAUGGAGGAUGCCUCUGACUAUCUGAUACAGCAGAAUGAGGACUACCGUCACUGGCUACUCCUUUCUCUGGAGUGGAUCAUACGGUCAGGGGAGGAUGUUGGCAUACGGUAAAUAGCGAAGAGCGUCUAGGGUCGUGGUCAUUAGGGCAUGCAGUUUUAAAAACGCUUUGCAACAGAAAACCAAACUGGGCAUUUCAUAUUGGACCAGGUAGUCCAGGGUGUCUCUCCCUGUUUGUCUGUGUUCUUCUGUUUGGUGCCUAAUGAACAGGACCCUGUUAUCGCCCACUGUGAUGUAUUCUCAUACUAAUGGCACCUCUCCCUCCUCCCCUCUCCUCUCUCUCCUCCCUCCCCUCUCCUCUCUCCCUCCUCCCCUCCCCUCCCCUCUCUCUCCCUCCCUCCUCCCCUCCUCUCUCUCCCUCUCCUCCCUCCUCUCCUCUCCCUCUCUCUCCUCUUCUCUGCCAGGCUGAUCGGGGAUAACCCAGAGGAGACGGUAGCGGAGGUGAGUGAGGUGACUCGUCUGGAAUCGACCCACCCCAAAAUGUCCUUCUCCUGCCGCUUCAGAAGAGCCUUCUUUACAGUCAUCCACAGGCUGCUGCUCAUCCUAACAGGUUAGAAAUCUCUCUGUCUCUCUCUGUCUCUCUCUGUCUCUCUCUGUCUCUCUCUGUCUCUCUCUGUCUCUCUCUGUCUCUGUCUCUCUCUCUGUCUCUCUCUCUGUCUCUCUCUCUGUCUCUCUCUCUGUCUCUCUGUCUCUGUCUCUCUCUCUGUGUCUCUCUCUCUGUGUCUCUCUCUCUGUGUCUCUCUCUCUGUCUCUCUCUCUCUAGUGAUUGGUCUGGUCUGGGGUGUAUUCUACUACAUGAAGUAUCUAACCUGCUCUCUCUCUCUCUCUAGUGAUUGGUCUGGUGUGGGGUGUAAUCUACUACAUGAAGUACCGUUGGAGGAGAGAGGAGGAGGAGACCAGGCAGAUGUAUGACAUGGUGGAGAGAAUCAUCGAUGUUCUGAAGAGCCACAACGCGGCGUGUCAGGAGAACAAUGACCUCCAGCCCUACCUACCCAUCCCUCACGUCAGAGACUCCCUGGUCCAACCCCAGGACAGGUCAGUACUAACCCCCUACCGACCCAUCCCUCACGUCAGAGACUCCCUGGUCCAACCCCAGGACAGGUCAGUACUAACCCCCUACCGACCCAUCCCUCACGUCAGAGACUCCCUGGUCCAACCCCAGGACAGGUCAGUACUAACCCCCUACCGACCCAUCCCUCACGUCAGAGACUCCCUGGUCCAACCCCAGGACAGGUCAGUACUAACCCCCUACCGACCCAUCCCUCACGUCAGAGACUCCCUGGUCCAACCCCAGGACAGGUCAGUACUAACCCCCUACCGACCCAUCCCUCACGUCAGAGACUCCCUGGUCCAACCCCAGGACAGGUCAGUACUAACCCCCGACCUACCCAUCCCUCACGUCAGAGACUCCCUGGUCCAACCCCAGGACAGGUCAGUACUAACCCCCUACCUACCCAUCCCUCACGUCAGAGACUCCCUGGUCCAACCCCAGGACAGGUCAGUACUGACUUCCUGGUCCAACCCCAGGACAGGUCAGUACUGACUUCCUGGUCCAACCCCAGGACAGGUCAGUACUGACUUCCUGGUCCAACCCCAGGACAGGUCAGUACUGACUUCCUGGUCCAACCCCAGGACAGGUCAGUACUGACUUCCUGGUCCAACCCCAGGACAGGUCAGUACUGACUUCCUGGUCCAACCCCAGGACAGGUCAGUACUGACUUCCUGGUCCAACCCCAGGACAGGUCAGUACUGACUUCCUGGUCCAACCCCAGGACAGGUCAGUACUGACUUCCUGGUCCAACCCCAGGACAGGUCAGUACUGACUUCCUGGUCCAACCCCAGGACAGGUCAGUACUGACUUCCUGGUCCAAACCCAGGACAGGUCAGUACUGACUUCCUGGUCCAAACCCAGGACAGGUCAGUACCAGUACUAGGGGCCCUAUAAAAUCUGCGUUGUGGACGGAAUCAUGGAAUCCAGACAUUAAAACAGAGUUCAACAAUAUUCAAAAAAUCUAUUGAAUUUAGUAGGGAAUCAACUAAAUGUAUUGAACUUAUUAGAAAAUGCAUUAAAUUUGCCCAAGUUUAUCAUAAGACAUGAACAAAAUGCAUCAGUGAGUACGUUUACAUGCACACUAAUAAUUCGAUAUUAAACUGAUUAUGGCAGUGAUGUAAACACCUGCUAAUCGUAAGAUCAAAACGUAUCCAAAUGUAUCCUAUCUGUCCGGGUAAGCAUACACCGAUUUAAAACACCUGGUUUUCUGAGCAAUCUUUCAAAUGAUUAGGAAAUGUAAACGGCUUAAUCGGCGUUCCAGCAGUGUGUUUGAUCUGCGCAUGUGGCAGCACCGGGCAGCGCCAGCCUCCCUCUUAUGGCAUGUGGCAGCACCGGGCAGCGCCAGCCUCCCUCUUAUGGCAUGUGGCAGCACCGGGCAGCGCCAGCCUCCCUCUUAUGGCAUGUGGCAGCACCGGGCAGCGCCAGCCUCCCUCUUAUGUGCGAGUGUAGUGAGUUAGGAAAAACUGAAAGUAUGCAUCUUAGAAAUAGUUUUCACGUACAAACUUUAUGUCCGAACUCAAAUAGCCUUCUCCAAAAAAAAAACACGUGGUAGAACGAUGAUUCUGAUUGGUUUCUGUAUUUAUUUAAGUCCCAUCAGGAAGCCUGAUUUUCAGAUGUGUCCAUGGAAACAGGAUUAUUAGGGAAAUCGUUCUUCUUGCAAAGCAUGUAAACGUUUUAAAACUAUGAUAUUAACCAGACUGCACAAUAAUCGUAUUGUGCGCAUGUAACCGUACCCAGUGAUUCGUAUUUUCAGGCAACGGCACAGGAAUGCCCCUGUCUGUCCUGUCUGUCUUGUCUGUCUUGCCUGCCUGCCUGCCUUCCUUCCUUGUCGGUCUGUCUUGUCUGUCUCUGGUCUGCCUGUCUCUGGUCUGUCUGUCUUGUCUGUCUCUGGUCUGCCUGUCUCUGGUCUGUCUGUCUCUGGUCUGUCUUGUCUGUCUGUCUCUGGUCUGUCUUGUCUGUCUGUCCCUGGUCUGUCUGUCUGUCUGUCUCUGGUCUGUUUGUCUCUGGUCUGUCUCUGGUCUGUCUGUCUCUGGUCUGUCUUGUCUGUCUGUCUGUCUGUCUCUGGUCUGUUUGUCUCUGGUCUGUCUCUGGUCUGUCUGUCUCUGGUCUGUCUUGUCUGUCUCUGGUCUGUCUUGUCUGUCUCUGGUCUGUCUGUCUCUGGUCUGUCUGUCUCUGGUCUGUCUUGUCUGUCUGUCUGCCUGUCUCUGGUCUGUCUGUCUCUGGUCUGUCUUGUCUGUCUGUCUGUCUCUGGUCUGUCUGUCUCUGGUCUGUCUUGUCUGUCUGUCUGUCUCUGGUCUGUCUGUCUCUGGUCUGUCUGGUCUGUCUGUCUUGUCUGUCUCUGGUCUGUCUGUCUUGUCUGUCUCUGGUCUGUCUGUCUUGUCUGUCUCUGGUCUGUCUGUCUGUCUCUGGUCUGUCUGUCUCUGGUCUGUCUGUCUCUGGUCUGUCUGUCUGUCUGUCUACCACUUUGUGUUGGUGAUUGAUGCUAAUAUAUUGACAACCUCUCUUCUGGUAGAUGGAAAAGUUCCCCAAAAUCUUCUCAAUUAAAUGUUAACUACAAAGUAGACUAUGCCUACCUGGCAGAAUGAUAUCCUGAUUAUUUGCGUCAAUCCAGUGGCCAUUUUGUUUGGCAAACUUUGCAAUCACAUGAGCGCUACAGAAACAUUGAAACAUCGCUAACCAAACGAUGGUCUCUGGCUGGUUCACUGUUUAAUUAAAAGGGGAACUACACCAAAAUAUAUAAACAUUUAUUAGAUUUUCCCCAGACCUCAAAAGUGGACUCCUGAUGUGGUUUAAGCGUUGUUGUGGGCUUAGAAUAUCCAAUUUAGUUGUUUUCCUAUUAAAAAAAGUUUGAUUUUGAGAGCAAAAACUGGGAAGAAACGGAAACCUGGAAAAACUAAAAGGAGGAAAUUGAAUUUUGUGGGGAAAACUAAUGGAACCAGGCAAAAAUGUUACAGAUUUUAUAGGGUCCUACAGUACAGAACCACCCUCAACUUCCAACGAAACUAUCAUCACACUCCACUGUUUGUGUAACCACUUAGCUAUCGACAAAAAUGGACAUGGCUUCUUGAAGUCCAUGAGAUCCGUACAGUUAACUUCCUAUACUAGUUUGUGUUUAGGGCAGAUUUCAGUUGUUUAGCCCCUGAGGAGCAAUGUCAGUUUCAGGGAACAAAUCCCAUCUUGUUCAGUUUAACUGUAUUUUCCUACCAUGUCAGAGAGACAAGCUAGUGAUUAAUAACGGUUAGUUUAUAUUCUACCAGAGAGACAAGCUAGUGAUGAUAACUGUUAGUUUGUAUUCUACCAUGUCAGAGAGACAAGCUAGUGAUGAUAACUGUUAGUUUAUAUUCUACCAUUCAGAGAGACAAGCUAGUGAUUAAUAACUGUUAGUUUCUAUUCUACCAGAGAGACAAGCUAGUGAUUAAUAACUGUUAGUUUCUAUUCUACCAUUCAGAGAGACAAGCUAGUGAUUAAUAACUGUUAGUUUCUAUUCUACCAGAGAGACAAGCUAGUGAUUAAUAACUGUUAGUUUCUAUUCUACCAUUCAGAGAGACAAGCUAGUGAUUAAUAACUGUUAGUUUCUAUUCUACCAGAGAGACAAGCUAGUGAUUAAUAACUGUUAGUUUAUAUUCUACCAUUCAGAGAGACAAGCUAGUGAUUAAUAACGGUUAGUUUAUAUUCUACCAGAGAGACAAGCUAGUGAUUAAUAACUGUUAGUUUAUAUUCUACCAGAGAGACAAGCUAGUGAUUAAUAACGGUUAGUUUAUAUUCUACCAUUCAGAGAGACAAGCUAGUGAUGAUAACUGUUAGUUUAUAUUAUAACAUUCAGAGAGACAAGCUAGUGAUUAAUAACUGUUAGUUUCUAUUCUAACAUUCAGAGAGACAAGCUAGUGAUUAAUAACUGUUAGUUUAUAUUCUACCAUUCAGAGAGACAAGCUAGUGAUUAAUAACGGUUAGUUUAUAUUCUACCAGAGAGACAAGCUAGUGAUUAAUAACUGUUAGUUUAUAUUCUACCAGAGAGACAAGCUAGUGAUGAUAACUGUUAGUUUAUAUUCUACCAUGUCAGAGAGACAAGCUAGUGAUGAUAACUGUUAGUUUAUAUUCUACCAUGUCAGAGAGACAAGCUAGUGAUUAAUAACUGUUAGUUUCUAUUCUACCAGAGAGACAAGCUAGUGAUGAUAACUGUUAGUUUCUAUUCUAACAUUCAGAGACAAGCUAGUGAUUAAUAACUGUUAGUUUAUAUUCUACCAUUCAGAGAGACAAGCUAGUGAUGAUAACUGUUAGUUUCUAUUCUACCAGAGAGACAAGCUAGUGAUUAAUAACUGUUAGUUUAUAUUCUACCAUUCAGAGAGACAAACUAGUGAUGAUAACUGUUAGUUUCUAUUCUACCAUCCCAGAAAGAAGCUGAAGAAGGUUUGGGACCGGGCCGUGACCUUCCUCUCAGCCAACGAUAGCCGUAUCAGGACGGAGUCUCAGCGGAUUGGUGGAGCUGACUUCCUGGUGUGGAGGUGGCUCCAGCCGUCUCUGAGCUGCGACCAGAUCUCACUCAUCCCCUCCAAAGUCUGGCAGGGCAAAGGUAACUAACCUGGCACCCUGUUCCCUGUGAAGGGCACUCCUUUUGACCGGAGCCCUGCCAUUUGGGACGCAGACCUAGUCCCUUAACUGUGAAGGAGUUGGGUUAUGGUUUCCCAAGAGCAGCGUGUACCUUGGCUUUUAUGUGCAGCAUGUAGGUUGUAGAUGGAGUUUUGGUCAAUGUAAAGUGUACUGUAUUAAGUAGACCAAUGCAUUGGAAUCUAACGAAGAACAUGUACAGUAUAUGUAAAAACAAAGGUAUGUGGACACCCCCUUCAAAUGAGUGGAUUCGGCCAUUUCAGCCACACCCGUUGCUACAGGUGUAUAAAAUCGAGCACACAGCCGUGCAAUCUCCAUAGACAAACAUUGGCAGUAGAAUGGCCUUACUGAAGAGUUCAGUGACUUUCAACGUGCCACCGUCAUAGGAUGCCACCUUUCCAACAAGUCAGUUUGUCAAAUUUCUGCCCUGCUAGAGCUGCCCCCGGUCAACUGUAAGUGCUGUUAUUGUGAAGUGGAAACGUCUCGGAGCAACAACGGCUCAGCCGCGAAGUGGUAGGCCACACAAGCUCACAGAGCGGGACCGCCGAGUGCUGAAGCUCGUAGCGCGUAAAAAUCGUCUGUACUCAUUUGCAACACUCACUACCGAGUUCCAAACUGCCUCUGGAAGCAACGUCAGCACAAGAACUGUUCGUCAGGAGCUUCAUGAAAUGGGUUUCCAUGGCCGAGCAAUUGGACUUUGGAGCAGUGGGAACGCGUUCUCUGGAGUGAUGAAUCACGCUUCACCAUCUGGCAGUCCGACGGACAAAUCUGGGUUUGGCGGAUGCCAGGAGAACGCUACCUGCCCCAAUGCAUGGUGCCAACUGUAAAGUUUGGUGGAGGAGGAAUAAUGGUCUGGGGCUGUUUCAUUGUUCAGGCUAGGCCCCUUAGUUCCAGUGAAGGGAAAUCUUAACGCUACAGCAUACAAUUAUAUUCUAGACGAUUCAUUGCAUCCAACUUUGUGGCAACAGUUUGGGGAAGGCCCUUCCUGUUUCAGCAUGACAAUGCCCCCGGGCACAAAAUGAAGUCCAUACAGAAAUUAUUUGUUGAGAUCGGUGUGGUAGAACUUGACUGGCCUGUACAGAGCCCUGACCUCAACCCCAUCGAACACCUUUGGGAUGAAUUGGAACGCCGACUGCGAGCCAGGCCUAAUCGCCCAACAUCAGUGCCCGACCUCACUAAUGCUCUUGUGGCUGAAUGGAAGCAAGUCCCUGCAGCAAUGUUCCAACAUCUAGUGGAAAGCCUUCCCAGAAGAGUGGAGGCUGUUUUAGCAGCAAAGGGGGGGGGACCAACUCCAUAUUAAUACCCAUGAUUUUGGAAUUAGAUGUUCGAUGAGCAGGUGUCCACAUACUUUUGGUCAAUAGUGUAUGUCAGAAAUUUAAAAAAGGUUGCUUCCAUCCUGUUAUACUGUAUGUCUAACGUCUCUUUCCUGUCUGUCUCUCUCCAUCUAACGUCUCUUUCCUGUCCCUGUCUCUCUCCAUCUAACGUCUCUUUCCUGUCUCUGUCUCUCUCUAUCUAACGUCUCUUUCCUGUCUGUCUCUCUCCAUCUAACGUCUCUUUCCUGUCUGUCUCUCUCCAUCUAACGUCUCUUUCCUGUCUCUCUCUGUCCAUCUAACGUCUCUUUCCUGUCUCUCUCUGUCCAUCUAACGUCUCUUUCCUGUCUCUCUCUGUCCAUCUAACAUCUCUUUCCUGUCUCUCUCUGUCCAUCUAACAUCUCUUUCCUCUCUGUCUCUCUCUGUCCAUCUAACGUCUCUUUCCUCUCUGUCUCUCUCUGUCCAUCUAACGUCUCUUUCCUGUCUGUCUCUCUCCAUCUAACGUCUCUUUCCUGUCUGUCUCUCUCCAUCUAACGUCUCUUUCCUGUCUGUCUCUCUCCAUCUAACGUCUCUUUCCUGUCUCUGUCUCUCUCCAUCUAACGUCUCUUUCCUGUCUCUCUCUCUCUCCAUCUAACGUCUCUUUCCUGUCGGUCUCUCUCCAUCUAACGUCUCUUUCCUGUCUCUCUCCAUCUAACGUCUCUUUCCUGUCUGUCUCUCUCUGUCCAUCUAACAUCUCUUUCCUGUCUCUCUCCAUCUAACGUCUCUUUCCUGUCUGUAUUUUCUCUCCUCUCAGCAUUCCCUCUGGACAGGAGGAACUCUCCUCCCAACAGUUUAACACCGUGUCUCAAGAUCAGAAACAUGUUUGAUCCAGUCAUGUGAGUACCGGAGGUUAUUACUAAGCAAACGUCUUCGGCGUCAAUCUUUUAGGGUUGUGUUGUAGGGGUGAGCGUGGUACUCAUCAGCGGACUAAAACGUCUUCUUUGCAUGUCAGUGUCAGCAGCUACAUACAUACAUACAUACAUACAUACAUGCAUACAUACAUGCAUACAAACUCUUAGAUAUAAAUUGCAUCAAGUGGUUUCACUGGGGCUAGAGCCGUCUGUCUACAUGUGACGUAGUCCAACCAUGGAACACCUAUUCCAGUGGAAUGACACCUGUGUGUACCCCAUGUAGUGACCUGUCCUACCUGUGUGUUCUUGACUUACCAGGUUAGAGGUGGGUUAGGACUCCGAGCUGACGUCUAACCCCUGUGUGUGUGCGUGUGUGUGUGUGUGUGUGUGUAACAGGGAGGUUGGUGAAAACUGGCACCUGGCCAUCCACGAGGCCAUCUUGGAGAAGUGUUGUGACAACGACGGUAUCGUCCACAUCGCUGUCGACAAGAACUCCAGAGAGGUGAGUGUCACAGCUGUUUUUCAUCUCUUUUUAUAGCAUGCAAUGGCUGUUUUCCAAAUGGGGGAAAACUGGUCAAAGUGUAGUGCACUAUAUAGGGAAUAGGCUCCCAUUUGGGACGUACACAAUGUCUCGGUUCUUAUUCACCAGAUUUCUAGUGGUUUUGGACUGACUCUAUACACUUGAUAUUCACUGACCAGAUGUGACCAACAGCCAUAUGGUUGUUAUAUAUUCACUGACCAGAUGUGACCAACAGCCAUAUGGUUGUUAUAUAUUCACUGACCAGAUGUGACCAACAGCCAUAUGGUUGUUAUAUAUUCACUGACCAGAUGUGACCAACAGCCAUAUGAUUGUUAUAUAUUGCAGUGUGAGUCUCUCUACAGGCAGAGUGAUGUGGCUGUUACAACCUGUGGUAGAAGAGAUUGUUAACCUCUUUUCUCUCUCUCUCUCCCUCUCUCUCCCUCUCUCUCUCUCUCUGUCUCUGUCUCUGUCUCUGUCUCUCUGUCUCUGUCUCUGUCUCUCUCUUCUCCUCUUCUCUCUUUCUGUCUCUCUUCUGUCUCUCUGUCUUCUCUCUCUCUCUCUCCUCUCUCUCUCUCUCCUGUCUCUCUCUGUCUCUCUUCUCUCUCUCUGCUCUCUCUCUCUCUCUCUCUCUGUCUCUUCUCUCUCUCGUCUCUCUCUCUCUCUCUCUCUUCUCCUCUGUCUCUCUCUCUCUUCUCUCUCUCUGUCUCUCUCUCUGCUCUCUCCUCUCUCGUCUCUCUUCUCUCGUCUCUCUCUCCCCUCUUCUCUCUUCUCCUCUUCCCUCUCCUCUUGUCCUCUUCUCGUCUCCUCUCUCUUUCCUGUCUCUCUCUUCCUCUUUUGUCUCCCCCCUCUCUUCUCUCUGUCUCUCCCUCUCCCCUCUUCUCUCUCUCCUCCUCUCCUCUUCUCUCUCUCUCUCUCCCCUCUCUCUCUCUCUCUCUCCCCUCUCUCCCCCCUCUUCUCUCCCCAGGGCUGUGUCUAUGUGAAGUGUCUGUCAUCAGAGCACUCAGGGAAAGCCUUCAAGGCGCUACACGGAUCCUGGUUCGAUGGUAAAUCCAUUUUAAAAGGCUUUAGCAGCAACACACUUGUCUUGGUUUGGGCUUCAUUGUCCUUCCAUCCUUUAAUGGACCUUGUUGUUCCCUGCUGAGGUCCUGGUGCUCAACAUUUAUCUAACCAAUUUCAACAAUCCCUUGUUUGCAAACUAUGAGCCAAUAGCAUUUGUACUACUAGUCAUGUGGUGUUGUGGUAAUUGAUACUGGAUAAAGUAGGAAGGAUUUAAGAGAUUUAGUCACAUGGUUGGUCUUCAUUGUCUCUCUCUCUCUCCCUCCCUAUCCCUCCUGUCUCUCCCUCCCUCCCUACCUCCCGUCUCUCCCUCCCUCCCUCCCUCCCGUCUCUCCCUCCCUCCCUCUCCUCCCUCCCGUCUCUCCCUCCCUCCCCUUCCCUCCUCCGUCUCUCCCUUCCCUCCCUCCGUCUCUCCUCCCCUCCCUUCCUCCUUCCCUCCCCUCCCUCUCCCUCCCUCUCUCUCCUCCUCCUCCUCCCCCUCCUCUCCUCUCCUCCCGUCUCUCCUCCCCUCCCGUCUCUCCUCCCCUCCCGUCUCUCCUCCCCUCCCUCCCUCCUCCCUCCCCUCUCUCCUCCCUCUCCGUCUCUCCUCUCCCUCCCUCCCUCCCGUCUCUCUCUCCCCUCCCGUCCUCCUCCUCCCCUCCUCUCUCCUCCGUCUCUCCUCCCCUCCCGUCUCUCUCCCUCCCUCCUCCCCUCCCUCUGCUCUCCCUCCGCUCCUCUCCCUCCCCCCUCCCUCUCUCCUCCCCUCCCGUCUCCUCCUCACCUCCCUCCCCGUCUCUCCUCCCCUCCCCUCCUCCCUCCUCCCCUCCCCUCCCGUCUCUCCCUCCCUCCCGUCUCUCCUCCCCUCCCGUCUCUCUCUCCCUCCUCCCUCCCGUCUCUCCCUCCCUCCCUCCCCCUCCCUCUCUCCCGUCUCUCCUCCCCUCCCUCUCUCUCUCCCUCCCUCCCUCCCCCCUCCCAGGGAAGCUGGUGACGGUGAAGUAUCUGCGUCUGGACCGCUACCACCAGCGGUUUCCCCAGGCCCAGGGCUGUACCACCUCCCUGAAGCCCUCUGGUACUCACAUGAACACCAUGUCCAGGCUACGUCACCACACCAGCCCUGAUACCAGCACUAACGCUAACUCUCUAGGCUUCUCCUGAGGGGGGGGGCAGAUUACCCCAGCCUCCUCUCUCCCUCAACCCCACAGCUACCAACGCUACCAACCCAACCAGCUCCUUCUUACCACAGUGUAACGGUCUCACCUCAACACAAGCCCCCCUUCCUUCAGUCUCCCCUUAGCCAGCCUCUACUGGGGGGUGAUGGUGGCUUGGUCUGUCAACUCACAGGGCUGGGUGAACCG